GCUAUUUCUUUAUUUAGCACCCUAACCAUCUAUAAAUAUCACCUCCAUACCCCCAAAUUUCUUCCCCAAUCUUACAAAAAUAUUUAUAUUUUCUGGAAAUUUUAUUUCCCAUAACACCAUUUCCACAUUUCUUAUAUAUAUAUAUAUAUAAAGCCUGGUUUGUAGUACUCUACAUGGCUACUUCAUCAACGGUCAGAUCCUCGGCAUACGAAAAUAAUCCAGCGGCUUCAGAAGGUGCCACGUGGCAGCAAUGGGCAUGGUUCACCGGCGGCUGCGCCACCGUGAUAAUUACACUAGCCAAAUCGGCGAUCAUAACCGCCGCCGCCGCCGGUGUGCGGAAUAGUUCGUGGCCAUGGGUCCAGCUCAUCAGCGUCGCCGUGGCCGGCUACAUAGCGGCGGACUUGGGCACAGGAAUUUACCACUGGGCAAUCGACAAUUACGGCGGCGCCGACACGCCCGUGUUCGGGCCGCAGAUCGUCGGAUUCCAGGGCCACCACCAACGGCCGUCGAAGAUCGCCAGGGAGCACAUAGCCAGAAACCUCUACCUCACGGCGGCGCCAGUGACGGUCGCCGUACUUCCGAUCACGGUCCUCUGUGGCGACCCGGCGGCGUUAGGGUUUGUUGGCUCGCUCGCGGCGGCGGCGGUGUUUAGCCAGCAGUUCCACGCGUGGUCUCACACGCCGAAAGGGCGGCUGCCGGUGGCGGUGGUGGCGCUUCAGGACGCCGGAAUCCUCCUGGGGAGGGCGGAGCACGCGGCGCACCACCGGCCGCCGUUCGAUUCCAAUUACUGCAUCGUGAGCGGCGUCUGGAACACGUUUAUUGACAAAUCGAGAUUUUUCCGGGCGCUGGAGGCGGCGGUGUUCGCCGCCGCCGGAGUCCGGCCGCGGUCGUGGAGCAACCCCAAUCACUAUGAAUGGAAUGACAAUUAAUGGCAUAUGUUAAGAUUUAUUUUUAUUGAUUUAUUAUGGUAAAUUAUUUUAUGUAUUUUAUUUUUAAUUUAUAAAUUACUUGUAUUCAUUGUAUAAGUUAUUAUCGCGCUGGUGAAGAUGUUGUAUAGAUUUUUAUACCACU